AUGGCACCGAGACUACCAACCUCAAAACUACACCUUAUUAACAAUUUGAUACAAAGCCAAUCACUAACCAGUUUUCAAAUGGCAGAGGCUGCAGAAUGCAGCGAACAGACGAUCAAAAAUAUCUGCAGAAACCUACGACUGUUUGGACACGUCCAUGCCCCUUCAACUCGUAUCGGUCGGAGACGAAGUAUAACACCACCAAUGCUAGAAGCACUCUGUGACCAUCUGUUGGAAAAGCCAGGCCGAUACCUUGAGGAGAUGGCUAUAUUCCUACGGGAUGAAUUCCGGAUGCUAGCAUCAACCUCUAGCAUUAGGAGGGCCCUCGUAUCCAAAGGAUGGUCCAAAAAGACUGUCCGACAGAAGGCUAAAGAGCAGAAUGCCGAAUUACGAGAAAUUUACCUUCAUAAACUCUCCGAAUUUGAGUCGUACCACCUUGUUUAUGUUGAUGAGUCUGGAUGCGAUAAACGCAUCGGGUUCCGACGAACAGGCUGGUCACCACUCGGUGUAGCACCUCGACAAGUGUCUUAA